GUCAAUGCAGGAUACUACUGAUGAAGGGAGCCCGACGCCGCGAUUUCGCAUUCACGCAGUAACGCAGACGGCGCCGUGGCAGCAGGUGCGGCGCGUUGAACCUGGUGUGACUCCGCGAGCCCGGGGUCCCACGGUGGGCGGUGUCGGGGCGGUCGGCCUCCUCACACGCCUCACAUUAGCCACGGGGAGAAGCUCCACCCUCGGUCCAGGGGGCCAAUUAAACAAUCAACACCGCCGGCAGCUGACCCAGUUCGGUGGCCGUCUGUCAAGGCCGGGCCGAGGGGAGCUGCCGAAGAGCCGCGGCGCCCCGCCCGCGACCCUCCCGCGCCGCCGACCCCUUCGCUCGAGAGCUGCCGCGCCGACCACCACGGUCAGGAGAAGGGGGCGUGACCGGCCGCGGGCCCGUCCCGCCUCACACCGCCACCUACUUAAGGCCGCACCGACUGUGGGAGAGCAUCAGUUCCACACCGAUCCCACUACAGACAACAUGAAGCUGUUCAUCGUCGCUGCUCUGGCCCUGGUGGCCGUCGCCGACCGGCCCCAGCCUUCCUACAGGCCCCGUCCCACCUACGCUGCCCCGACCUACGCUGCCCCGACCUACGCCCCGGCCCCGACCUACAAGCCCCAGCCCAAGUACGCUCCUGCCCCGUCCUACGGCCACUCGAGCUACAAGCCGAUCGCUAUCCUGGAGCAGGAGGACGUCCACCCCGGAGAUGGCACCUACAGCUCCAAGUUCUCUACCGAGAACGGCAUCUACAGGUCCGAGACUGGCGUGCCGGUGCCCGGCUACGGCAAGAACGCCUACGGCGAGGCGGAGGACCUCUACCGCCAGGAGGGCUCCUGGAGCUACACCAACGGCUACGGCGAGGAGGUCAAGGUCGCCUUUGUCGCCGACGAGAACGGCUACCAGCCGUCCAGCGACAUCCUGCCCACCCCGGUGCCCACCGAGUACCCGACCCCCGAGGUGGACCCCGCCUACGUCGAGCCCCAGCCCAGCUACGGCAAGCCCGCCUAUCAGCCGGCUUACAAGCCCGCCUACAACUAAGUCACCCAUUCGCCAUCCAUGUUCGACAAGUUACGCUCUGUGAUGUUUCAUCGGCCCUCGGCUAUCUAUUUAUUUAUAUAAAUGUGAUGUGGUUUGUGAGGAGUGCAAAAUAUACAUAAUCAUCUA